AUGCGCAUCAGCGGCCGCGAGGCGGAGGAUAAAGAGAUGGAGAGCAUCCUGGCGCGGUUCGCAUCGCUGCGGGACCGGGAGGAGCGCCUGGCGGCGAUCGCCGCCGACCUGCUCGAGAUGGAGGCGCAGCGCCGCGAGGCAGGGGUGGCCCCCAGAGACGCCGAGGUGGCCGCCUUCGUCAUCCUCCGCGAGAGCGCCGACGCCACCCUCGAAGGGCUCCCCACCCUACUUCGCACCGAUCGACCUUUCGACGCACAGGCGCUGGAUACCCGCGUCCCCGCCACCGUCAUCACCGGCUUCCUCGGCUCCGGCAAGACAACCCUCCUGAACCACAUUUUAACUUCACAGCACGGGAAGAGGAUCGCUGUCAUCGAAAAUGAGUUUGGCGAGGUGGAUAUUGAUAGCUCGCUUGUUGCUAGCCACUCUUCUGUUGCUGAGGACAUUGUAAUGGUGAAUAAUGGCUGCUUGUGCUGCACUGUCCGAGGGGAUCUUGUAAAGAUGCUUCUGAAGUUGGUGAAGCAGAAGGGGGACAAGUUUGAUCAUAUUGUUAUUGAAACAACAGGUCUUGCAAAACCUGGUCCUGUUAUUGAGACAUUCUGUUCAGAUGAACUAGUUUCUAAAUAUGUGAAACUUGAUGGUGUGGUUACUAUGGUUGAUUGCAAGCAUGCCAUGAAGCAUUUGAAUGAAGUAAAAGCCAGAUGGGUUGUAAACGAGGCAGUAGAACAAGUUGCUUAUGCAGACCGGAUUAUAUUGAAUAAGAUUGAUUUGGUUAAUGAUGCAGAACUGGAGGCAUUAACUAACAAAAUUAAGCUCAUAAAUGGAAUGGCACAGAUGAAAAAGGCAAAAUUUGGCGAUGUUGAUAUGGAUUUUGUGCUAGGAAUUGGAGGCUAUGACCUUGACAGGAUUGAGGCUGAAGUUCAAUUGCAACAAAGCAAGGAGACAGGCCACUGUCACCAUGGAGAUGCACAUGGACACCAUCAUGAUCAUGUUCAUGAUUCAGCUGUCACUAGUGUGAGCAUUGUUUCGGAGGGGGUACUUGAUCUUGAUGAGGUAAAUGAUUGGCUGGAGAGGCUGGUUGAUGAGAAAGGGGAAGAUCUGUACAGAUUAAAGGGUGUUAUAUCCGUAAAUGAGUCCACUGGACGCUUCGUAUUUCAGGGUGUGCACUCUAUGCUGGAAGGAUGCCCGGCAAAGCCCUGGGAACCUGAUGAGAAGAGAAUCAGCAAACUAGUGUUUAUUGGCAGAAAUUUGGACGAAGCGGCGCUGCGAAAAGCCUUCAACGGUUGCUUACUAUGAAUUCUCUAGUCACGCCUUGAUCCUGGGAGGUUGGAGUUACGAACAGAAGCACCACAAGGUGUAAAGUGCAGGCAGAUACAGGAUGCUGUAUGUUUUCCUGCUGAUGUUCGCCUCAUGUUCGUCUGAGAAACUGAUCACUGUUACAGUUACGAAUUACCAACAUGCUAGGUAUAGGACUAUCCAUUUUUGUGAUGCAUUAGUGCCCAAGGUUUGUGUUUACGUGCCAUCUGGGUUAGUACCAGGCUUGUGAGCUGAGAAACUUUAGUUGAGUUUGGGUCCGUUCGGUUAGUUAGGAUUGGACCGAGGAACCAAUCCAGCUUAUCAAGAUUAUACAAAUUAAUGAACCAUUCCAACCGGGAAUCGUUUGAGGGACUCAUUCCAGAGUAACCGAACGAGCCCCCUUAUUCUUGAUAUGAAAUCAA